AUGAGACUCGCUUGGAGCUAUGACAGUCCUCUACUACGAGCAGUCAUAUCAAUUCCACUCAAAGGAUUCAAACGCUUGACACUUGCGGUCGCGGAGCAUAGGAUAGCACUAAAUUCUGCGAAUCGUACAAAUUUACUGAGUUCCACGCAUAAUCACGUCAGCAUCUUCUUCCCAUCACAUAUUCGUCCGGAACUCUUCUCAAGCUUCAGAUUCCUCGAGUCACGAAUCUAA